AUGGGGGCUAGGGAGAUAAAAGAUCUCAGACCUAUCAGUAUGAUUAGGUGUGUCUAUAAGGUUAUCUCUAAAUUGUUGACAAGAAGAAUGAGGAGUGUAAUGCCAGGCUUAGUUGGGGAAUCACAGAGUGCCUUUGUGAAGGGGAGAAAGAUACAUGAUGGAGCUUUAAUUGCAUGUGAAACGAGAAGAUGGGUUUCGGAAGAAAAUGGAGGGCGUGGGUUAGAGAGUGUGUUACAUCGGCAUUCUAUCUCUGUUCUGGUUAAUGGGUCUCCAUCGAAACCAUUCAAAAUGGAGAGGGGACUACGUCAAAGCAACCCAUUAUCGCCAUUUUUGUUUGUGCUGGUGGUAGAUGUGCUUAACAGGAUGAUCGAGGAGGCAGUUAGAAAUGGUCAGAUAUUGUCACUCUUAGUCGGUAGGGAUAAUAUAGAGUUAUCACAUCUACAAUUUGCUGACGACACUAUAUUAUUCUGUCCGUCGGAGGAGGAGACAGUGAGAAAUUAUAAGAGGCUUCUGAGGUGCUCUGAAAUAAUGUCUGGUUUGAGCAUCAACUUUGAGAAGUCUAACUUGAUACCAGUGAACUACAGCCAGGAGUGGGUUAACCGGAUGUGUCAGCCACUAGGUUGUCAAGAGGUAGCUCUACCGGUGAGGUACCUUGGUAUUAGCCUAGGAGCAAAUUUGCGGUUGGUAAAAACUUGGAAGCCGGUUAUAGAUAAGGUGGAGGAGAAACUCAGUUUGUGGAAAGCAAAGAUCCUUAGUAAGGCUGGUAAGCUGGUACUUAUUAAGUCGGUAAUUAACAGCCUACCUAUUUAUUACCUGAGUUUGUAUAAGAUGCCUAAUGUGGUUGCACGAAGAAUUAUCUCCUUGCAAAGAAGGUUCUUUUGGGGGAAGGAUGAUGGUAGACCUGGUAUGGCCCUUGUGAAGUGGGAGUUGAUCCAGGCACUAAGGAAACUAGGAGGUUUGGGGGUGGGUGAUACGGUGAUCCAUAAUACGGCUUUACUGUUUAAAUGGUGGUGGCGAUUCUCUAAGGAGGACUGUCCUUUAUGGAAGAAGAUUGUAUGCUCCUGCAAUAACUUGAACCCAAAUUACUUGUUGUCAACUCAGACAUUACCAAGGAGGGGUGGUCUGUGGAAGGACAUAUGUCAAGUGCAAAUAAGGGAGCAACAUGUCAGGCAAAAGAUGAUUGAUGGCCUUGCUAUGGAAGUAGGAGAUUGA